AUGGCAAAAAGGCCUUUGAGUAAAUAUGUGAGUGUAGAAGCGUCUGAAGACGACUCUGAACAAAGCAGUGAGAAUAUAGAUGACAUACAGGAUGUGGCAAUCCCCACAAGGAAUUGGAAGAAUAUUGCGAAGGAGCUGGAAGAGAAGUAUGCAGAUGUUCCUGACGAAGAAGACAGCGAAGAGGAAGAGACUGUGGAACAUGGAAUAAGACAGACGAGCCUGGUGCCAAGAAGCACGUCUCCUAGGAUGUUUAUUGUGCGAGUGAAACGAGGCUCAGAGAAAGAGGUGAUGAUGAAGAUUGUGGAGAACGAUCCAAAGAAUGUGUUUGGUAUAGUAUAUAAGGAAGGACUGAAGGGAUACAUUUACAUUGAGGCUUUCCAAAAGCAGCAUGUGAUUGAUGCAUUGGGAUCGAUUCGAGGAGUUAGUCGCACGAAGAUAUCUGUUGUCCCUCAGAAGGAGAUGAUUGAAGCAGUGACAUACUGUGAACCUGAGGCAUAUGGAGAAUGGGGUAGGAUAACCAAAGGCAGAUAUAAGGGUGAUUUGGUGAAAAUAGUUGGUGUGGAUGGUGAUAUGGUAAGGAUUCGGGUAUUUCCUAGGAUUGAAGGAGAGAGAAAGCUUUUUAAACCUGAGAAUUUUAAAAGUCAAGAAGUUAUCAAGUCUAACGGAUACUACAUUUAUAAAAGAGACACAUACUUAGAUGGGUUUUUGGAAAAAGAUGUGUUGAGGAGCACGAUUGAUUUUGGAGCAGAGCCAACACUUGAAGAGCUUGAAAUGUUCUUAGUUCCUUGUACUGUUUCUGUAGGUGAUAGAGUUAGGGUUUGUCGAGGAGAGCUGCUUGGCAUGAAAGGCAUCAUCAAGAGCAUCAAUGGUAGUAUUGCAACUAUUGAAGGAGAGAAUGGAAGAUUUGAAAUGGAGAGCUCUGGUGUUUGCAAGCAUUUUGAAGUUGGAGAAGCUGUGUCAUAUAAAGGCGAAAAUGGAAUUGUUGUAAAGAUAGAUGAUAAACAAUGCGUAGUUGCUAUGCAUGACUUUACUGACGAAGUCAAUGCAAGCAUCGAUGACUUGAAGAUGGCAGUGGCAAAAGGGCCCAAAUCUAUUGGAAGGACAGGAAUAACAGAAAGAAAAAGAGUUAAGAAGGAUCCUCUUAUUAAUAAAGAGGUGCAGGUGCAGGUUGGAGAGUACAAAGGACAUGUGGGAUUGGUUAAGGACAUAGAUAGAAAUAUGUGCAGAGUGCAACUAAAUUCCAACAUGAAGUUUGUAAAUGUGGAAAGAUGCCAUGUAAUCGUUUUGGAUUACCAAGCAUCUGCAAGGUCAUCAAAGUAUAGCGAGCCAGCUACAUUUGCAACACCAGGGUAUAAAACACCAGGGUAUAGAACACCAGGAUAUAAGACUCCAAAUGUAAGUGCAGAUGAUGUAGGAAUUGAAUGGCUUAAUGAAGAUGAUAAGCCAUAUAAGGGCACAUUGAUUAAUGUUCUUGGAAAAGAGGUUCUUAUUGAGGACUAUCAAAACGAUUUAUUUAUUACCAAGGAUGGAAGAUUUGCGAGUGAAGACGUCUCGUUCGUUCAACCUCAGAAAAACGACCUUAUCUGCGUACUCGAUGGUGAAAGAAAAGGCGUCACUGGAAUACUCAUAGCUAUAAAUGGAGAUUCUGCAAUCAUACGAUCGGCUGGUGGGCCUGUAAUACACAUUCCGAUGAGUUGCAUAUCAAGAAAGAUGUACUAG